CCACCACUGCACCAACCGUAACCGAGACUCGGGAGCCAUCGAUCUUCUCCCUGCGGACCGAGCUGAGCUGAUAGAGCCAUCGGAGAUCGAGAUCAUGGCGAGGCAGGGCGCGCAGCUGAAAAGGAUGCUACGGAGGUGCUCGUCGAGCCUGGGGAGGAGGGACGAGGCCGGGCCGCCGGGGGACGUGCCCAGGGGCCACUUCGCCGUGUACGUCGGCGCCGACAGGAGCCGGUACAUCGUGCCGGUGGCGUGCCUGGACGCGCCCGAGUUCCAGGAGCUGCUCAGGAAGGCGGAGGAGGAGUUCGGGUUCGGCCACGACAUGGGCAUCACCCUGCCCUGCGACGAGGCCACCUUCCACGCCGUCCUCGCCGCCGCCGCUAUCAGAUGAACGGCGACCAUCCUUGUGCGUUGCAUUGUCCAUCUGUAGAGCUGUACGUAGAAGCUGGCUAGAAGAUUGUUCUCGCCAUAUUUUUGUAAUGCUGUCGACCGGCUGGUCGAGCCUCGAUAGGGCUAUGAAAACCUCAGAGAGCGGUGUUGCCAUUGGGCUGCCCUGUGAGAACGAGAUCACAAGAUCGGAUCUUCCCAGUAAAAAAACAAUGAUUUUUCUUCA